CGAAGCCGCGAAGAACAGAUGAAGUUAGCAGAAAACUCAACACUCGAAGAAGAAGAUUGAGAACUGAGGAGGUAUGUGGGCGGCAACGGUCUGCUUCCCAUGUUAUGCAUACCCGAAACGAACUUCUCUCUCAAAUCGUACGGUCGACAAACCAUUGAACCUCAGAGUCAGAGCUUCGUUCUUCGAUUAUCCUCUCGCAAGCAAAAUCUUGGUUAAAAAUAUACCAUAUUCCACCAGUGAAAAUAGUUUGCAGCGGAAAUUUUCCAGUUUCGGCCAGAUAGCUGAAGUUAAACUAGUCAAGGAUGAAUCCUCAAGGAAAUCCAAGGGGUUUGCAUUUAUUCAAUAUACUAAUCAAGACGAUGCCAUGCUUGCCCUGGAAAAUAGGGAUAGCCAGAAUCUUGACGGCAGGAUCAUCUACGUAGAGCUUGCUAGACCCGGGAAAGAUGCUUAUGGAGAAUCCCCGAGAACCUCUGGUCCCCCAAAGAAGCAGAAUUUGCCGCAGCAGGAGGAAGUUUCGGACUGCUGGUACUGAUAGAAAACAGCACCAUACACUAGAAUGUGAAUAUUGGAUGCAGAGGUAGAUUUUGCUCCUGCAACUAUUAGCAGCCCGGCCGAGUGUCAUCACUGUGUAUGUGUAAGUAGUGUCUGGUUAGAGCAUUUGUAAUUGAAAAGUCUAGAAUGUCUUUUCGAUACGAAUGAGAUAUUGUAUUGUUACGAUAUAAACGACAAUGAAUCUUAUUUCAAUAACUUCUUGUACAUA